AUGAAAAGUCUUGUCUUCGGUAAUGGGCUGCUGUGCAUGGCAUUCUCCGCCAUUGUCGAUGUUCGAAUUCAGGGAUUGGGUUUCCUACCUCCACUCCAGACCCAAACCAAAACAGUUAUCGCCGUCCCGCCGGCCUUCGCAGCUAUCCUUGCUACUCGUAGGCGAAGACCAUAUCGUGUCAACCUCGGCCCCCUCCGUCCCCCAGUAAAGCAAUUGGACCCUUCGGCACCCUGUCAUGCGAUCUGGUACCGAAUGGAUGUCGCAAAUGCCAUGGUACACGCAUCGAGUUAUCGAAGACGCAAGGAUGGAACGAAAUAG